UGCGGAAAGCGCGAACUGAUUCUUGGGGUUUCUUGGGGCCUUUGAAUUCUCCAGUUGUCAAACUUUUGAACUUUUGCGACUGGAGAAACAUGACAGGCGCCGACAUCUCUUGUUCGGCAGACUGACUGACUGACUGGUCAGGGUGUGUCGUCCUGUCCGUUGGACCCAAUCUCUCUUUUGUUAUGCGCUCUCUCUCGUCGUUCGUUACAGCCAACCCACUCUCUCUGCCCAUUCGCGCAUGAACAGUCACUCCUUUGAUCCCGCCCGAGUCUCCGCAUCCCGACACCUACCUACGAACCAGUCUCGGUGUACUCCGUCUCUGACCACCCGCGCACCGCGCGCGCGCUGUCUUGUCUGUCUUAGCCUGCCUUCGAUAGGAGGAGGGGCCUGAGGCUCGAGAGCCUGACCUGACCUCAUUUCAUCACUGACCUGGCAGUUCAAGCAUCACCAUGGAACCCCGCGGCAGGUCCCCCGUGCUGUCGUCGCGUGUUGCACAGAAGGGAGGCAGCAUGAAUAUAUGCAUUCCCCUUCGACCACGGCACCAUGACCGGAAGACUGCAGCCGCCGACAUUGACCUCAAGGCACAGGGUCAAGACCCUGUUGACCGUUACUCCAGGCCUGCCGCAGAUGCUUUGUCUCUGUCUGGGUCAACACCGCCCCAGAGCCCAACCAUGGCCAGCUAUGGCGUUGGUGGAGGCCCCAAGGUUAUCAUAUCAGAUAUGAUGACCAAGCCUCAUAGCCGCCCUCAGCUUAAGUCCAUGGACUCACGCAGCAGCCUCAAGAAAGCCAAGGAACAAGACACUGCUGAGUACCAGCCUGCAGACAAGGACUUCCGCAAGACCCAUCGGGUCGUUGGGUCCAUCGACUCCAUUCUCACCUCCACAACCUGUGUCAACACUGCUUCUUCCUGCAGCCGCGCAGAAUCACGCCUUUCCCGGGAGAUCCGCAUCGAGGUGGAAGAUGCUGACGACGGAGAGGCCCCGAUACUUGCCUACCACCCCAACCUCGCCAACAUGUUUUACUCGGAAAGCAGAAAUCAUUUGGGUGUGCCAUCCCGACCUAGUUCCAGCAUGACUUGCAAGAAGCUGGAGGAGGAAGGUGAGCUGGACAAGGACAGGCUCAUUGAUGAAAUCUCGUCCUGGGUCCUGCGGAACACUUGUGGCAAGGAUGUCGAUGACUGCGCAGCUCCUUUGAUGAUAUGGGAUUGCACAUACCGCUAUGUUCAGGAGCUUUCCAGCGUGGCUCAGGAUGGAACCAUGGGCAUCGUGCAGGCAACGUCUGGACAGGGGACACCAACGUCACAGGGUGGAGGUACGCCGGGAGAAGGAGGCUAUGAUCAACAGUCCUCCGGUGGUUAUUUCAGCAAGGGGAAGAGAAAGGCUGAAGGCGGAGGCAGUGAUGAUGGAAGCGGGCUGGGAGGCCGGGACCACAUGGGAGGAGGGGAUGAUGAUGGGGAUACCACCAUGGCCGCCCAGGGGUACACCAGUAAAAACACAACAAACUUCAGCUGUCCUUACAGAAAGAGAAACCCUCUUCGAUUCAACGUGCGAGACCAUUAUGUCUGCGCUACACACUCAUUUUCCGACAUGUCACAACUCAAAAAGCACAUUCGUGCUCACCACCCACCCGUUCAGCGAAACGCGGGUCCAUUCCUUUGCCCUCGGUGCUGCAAGGGCUUUCCUUCGAAAAACGACCUCGACUCUCAUUUGCGGCAACCAGAGCCGUGCCGCCUCUCGGUUGAUCACGGCGGAGCUAACCCGGAAGAUGGUAUUACCCAGAAAAUUAUUUCGUCGCUCGAGGCCAGAAGUCUCAAGGCCAAGAUCGACAACUGGAAAUCAUUGUGGAAGCUCUUGUUUCCACAUGACAGGGAGAUUCCAGAGCCCGCGUUCAUUCCCGUGAUGGAGGCUUUUGACUUCAUCUCCGAGUCUGAGAAGUACAAGGACCAGCUGAAAGAAUUGCUGGAACUGCAGUAUCGACAUGUUCUUGAUGGGGCAACACACAUUGGAGAUAUCGACAUGAAGAUUCACCAAGGGUUGAAAAGAAGCAUCAAGUCCAUCUACAACUGGAUUGAAACCGUGGUCCAGGAUUGGGAGAAGAAAAUAUCAGGCGCGGUAUCUUUCUUCAAUGUGAAUCCGGUGGAGAAUACAGUUGUGGAUGUUUCCGACACGGCCAGCUGGGCCCCAAGCGGACAACGGCUGACACCCUCUCCUGCUUCCACUCCAACUAUGCUAUCAGGAAGCACAGGUAUGGUCAGCACAAUGGCCGGAACGACACUGGUCGGAACAGAAAGCCCUGGACGCGGCGCUCCUUCGGCUGCAGCAAGAAGACGUCCCAACCCCGUGAAGAGGAUCAAGAGAGCCGAAGUUCUGCCCAAGACGCAGCCAACCACGCAGAUCCCAGUGCCCAUCCAGCGAGCACGAACUCCCCAGGGACAAGCCAGGGUGAUCAAUACCUCAUUCCGGCCACCGUCGGUUCUGCCAAGUCAGUCUGCGCUCAUGCCAGCUUCAACAAGUGGACAGAUGGAGCAGCCAAUUGUAGCCUUUCAGCAUCCCAACUGGGACUCGCCUCCUGUCUCCAUGCCCGCCAACUAUGCCAUUCCUUACACCACUGCCGGAGACAUGUUCCAGUCUCCAGAUCUCAUAACAGCACCAGCCCAUUACUCACCUGUUCCGAUAGGACCAAGCCACCUCGAGGUUCAAAAUUACCUUGCAAACCAAGAGCACCAAGGCGCAGUUCACGUCCCUACAGGCGACGGGCUCCAGCAGCACGACAUGGUUCCCCGACCACAAUCCACGGCAACGAUCCGAGCAAGCCGUCUCAUAACACCCAGGUCUUCCGUUGCCUCGACCUGGAUGCGUGACGAAAAUCGCGACUCGGCUCAGACUCUCGUUGAAGACCACCCCCCAGGACGUUGUAACAACAUGUACUGUCCUUCCUGUAGCAAGCCCUUGCCGGAUGACAUGGGGGUUACCAUGCAUGUCCAGUCGCCAAUAGGCAUGCACCACGGUGUUGUCGGACCUGGCCAUCCUCACCAACAGCAGCACAGACAUCAGCUUCAUCAACAGCAGCAGCCACAUGAGAUUUACGGUCAAGGUGGCCAUACCACAAUGCCUGGCUUUACCCCGACUACGGGGCCAAUGGAGAUGCAUGGUCUUCCCGGAAAUGAGGAGGUCGAAUGGGGAUUUCAUGGAGGGGCGAACCCGAACAUGUUUGGCGGACAUGGAGGCCCGCAGGAGGGAUACUAAUAACAUCAAUUAUUCACGGGGAAAGCAACAAGGGGACGACACAAACGUCAAGAGGACACACUAACGAGCAUAGCUCUUGCUCUAUUUCCUUUGCUAUAUGUUUUUGACAUUUCUUGUAUUUGACUUGCUACUAAUGUAAUCACUGAAGAGGGGGAUGAUAUCGGACGUUGAUGUGUCAAAAGAGGUGGACGCAUAUGUGUGCAUAUACGGGGGUAGAUGUAUUUAUACACGAGUGGCUUGGGCUUGUGGGAAGGGGGGAGUUUCUGGCUGAAGGAGACGAGUCAAGCAGAGGAAUUGCACGGUGAUUCGGUGUUGUGAAGGAAGGGGAUAUCAAAAUCACGACCGGUUAUGACGACAUGUAUGAACAUUGUUCGAUUUUUUUUUCUUGCGUUUGAUGUAUUAUUUUUAUUCUUAGAAUAUAUUGUCUAGUUUUGGGGGGCAGCAGAAAAGGGUGUUUGGCUGGUUUGGGGGUUGUGUGUAGCCUAAAAUUUACUUGAAUUCAAAUUCUUUGAA